CCUUCAAUUCCUAAAAAUUCAAAAUUGGCGAAUUGAGUUUUAACGUUUGGAUGAUCUUUGAAUCGUCUUCUUCAUUUGGCUUCAGAUAUGCAAAAUCUGUGAAAUUGUAGAGAAGGAAUUUUCACAAUUUUUGUUUUGCAGUAGAAAUGGUGACGCAGAUGUUUCAGUUGCCGUCGUUACAGUACUGUGUUUCGAGUUUGUCUUCUUCCGCCGCCACCGGCCAACGGAGUUACGGUGUUUGUUCGUCUCCGUCGCCGUCUCCGGUUUUUGUUUGUAAGUUUAGUGGUGUUUCCGAUGAUCGUUGGGUGAGGCGGAGUAAGAAUCGGAGAUUCGGUAGUUUGAUAGCUAAGCAGGAGAAAGGAGACGUUACGGAGAUUCGUAUUCCGGUUCCGUUAACGUUGGAGCAGGAAGAGAAGGAGAAAGAAAAUGAUGAUGAUGAAGAUGUGUACGAAGAAGGAGAAGCAGAUCCUGAAGAUCUCAAAUACGUUAACGAGAUCAAACGGGUGUUGGAGCUUCUUAGGAGGAAUAGAGAUAUGAUCUUCAGUGAGGUUAAGUUGACAAUCAUGAUUGAGGAUCCAAGGGAAGUGGAAAGAAGGAGGCUGCUUGGAAUUGAAGACUCGGAAACCCCAAGUAGGGAUGAAUUGGCUGAAGCCUUGGAGCAGGUAAAUGAUGGGAAAAUCCCUAAAGAUCGUGUGACUCUCCGGAUGCUACAUGAGGAAAUGAUGCGUUGGCCAAAUUUAGAGGUUGAGGUUUCAAAGAAGCAGCGAGGAAAAUCAAUGUAUGCUAAGUCCACAGACACCGGGAUAGAUCCAAAAGAAGCAGCCAAGAGACUCAAUAUAGAAUGGGAUUCAGCUGCUGCAAUUGAAGAAGCUGAUGUCGAUGAUGAACAAGGAGUAGUAACCAAAGUCGCGGGUUAUGGAGCGUUGUACUUUGUAUCGGCUUUACCAGUUAUCAUCGGUAUCUCUGUUGUAUUAAUCUUGUUUUACAAUUCCCUUCAGUAGAGUCAAAUCCAUUUAGUGUUUGCACACCACCACCAAUGACCCAUCAUUGAUGUUUUGUAACUUAAGAUCAUGAAAUAAAUUUCAAUUUUUUAA